UUUUUAGGCACUGUUGCAAAAAACUUCUUCACGAAGUCGAAGCUGCCGAUCCCUGAACUGUCUCACAUAUGGGAGCUGAGUGAUGUGGAUCGGGACGGAGCCCUCACUUUCCCAGAAUUCUGCACUGCCUUCCACCUGGUGGUGGCGCGGAAGAACGGCUAUCCCCUCCCUGAAAGACUCCCGCACACGCUCAGAGCGGCUUUCAGAGAGCAGAGCCUCCCACACCCACCGGAAAUGGGUUUGAUCAGCCAGCAGGAAGUCAGAGAGGAGCCUCAUCAGCAAGAUUUCAGUCCUCAGAGAGCAGCUGCUCCCCAAGACCAGCCAGCAGAGCAGCCGACACUGCAGAGCAGCACUUUAAAACCAGAUCCUCCCCACGAGCUGGACCUUAACAUGAAGUCAAGAACGAGGCCGAGGUCUUAUUCAAGCACCUCUAUAGACGAUGCUAUGAAGAAAGCUGAGGAGCCUCCGACCCCCCCGCCACGUCCUCAGAAAACCCACUCGCGUGCCUCCUCGCUCGACCUCAACAAGCUCUUCCAGCAGAGCGGACAAGGCGGUAAAAGCGGCUGGCUGCCCCCUCCUCCUGCUCUGCCCCCUCGCCCUCCAGCCUCACAGAUGUCCCACUUCCUCCCAGGAGCAGAAAACUCCCAGCAGUCUGUGCAGCAGCCUCACUUCGCAGACUUCAGCAAGUUCAGAGAAGAGGAGGAGACUAGUGAACCCCCCCAGGCCUUCGGACCCCUGAGGACAGUCGGCCCUGGCACAGAGACCCCAGGAGGGCCUAAAACAGACCCUACCUUGCUGUUCCAAAGCCACGCCCCUCAGAAGCCCAUGCGCCGGAAGCUCCACCCAGAAAACCAGAACACUGUUACACACUCAGGCUCCGCCUACUCAAGCUCCACCCCCACCACAGCGCCCAAAACAGGUCACAGACUGCCUGCCAGGCAGAAGAGGGAGAUUCAGAUGGCCAUCAGGAAGAAUAAAGAAACGAACGCGGUGCUAACUCGGCUGAACAGUGAACUACAGCAGCAACUGAAGGAGGUUCAUCUCCAGAGAGUCACUCUGGAGUCUCAGCUGGAGCUUCUUCGUCCUACGGCCUCUACUUGACCCCCCCUACCACCCUGUGCCCCCCCCCCC